AUGGCGACGCCUUCACACUCAGGCGGCACAAUGCACGCCACAGUCACAUCACCAUUCAAGUUCCUCAUGGGUUCAACACACAGCGCCCCCGACAUGUCGGUUAAUGCCCUGGUCGACCGCUUCACAACCCUUGAAGUCAAGGACCGCGACGAAGACUCGGCGAAACGCACAGUAAGACGGCUUGAAGCUGCUCUAAGGAGAGCAGAGAUGGCCCGCGAGGAGGCAGAGACCGAAGCUACGAGCUUGCGCGACGAGCUCAGAGAGCAGAGAGACAUGGCCGAGGAGCGUCUGCGCGAGAAGACCGACUUGCGCCAGAGACUGGACGAGUAUGAGAAAAAGUACGAAAAGGCCAAGGAGCGCUUCAAGCAGCAAAAAGUUAAGCACGAAGAACAACUGCGCAAGGUGCAAAGAGACUACAUGGAGCGCGAGAAGCUGCACUGGAGACAGCAGCAGCAACUACAAGAAGAAGCCGAUUGGGAGAAGAAGUUGCGCGCCGAUUCAAACGACCUGAUUGCUUUCCUGGAGAUUGACCACAUCGUUGCUCUUCAAACACUGAAAGACAAGCACCUCGAGCUACUCGCAAAUCAACAGCGCGCCGCACCUCAGGUCCAACGUCGCGAGGACCCAAUCGACGACUUUGAGAUCGAGAUCGACACACCUAAGAAGCAAGAAGACGAGCCAAUGCCCGAAGCACCUUGCGAGCCUGCUCAGCACGACUACGCUGUCGAAGACACUCCCGAGCCAGAGGCUGCCCAUAUCCGCACCUCUCACACACCCGUCCGCAGCCACUCCAGCACGCCAGUCGCUCACGACUCACCUCAGAACACCACGACUCCCAUUCCCCCACCAACAACCAGCACGAAACAAACCCUUCGCGUACCUAUAAACUUCAACGACGACGAAGAAGACCCAUCCUCAACCAGCGACAAAGAAAACUCCUUGCCUCUGCUCCAACCACCACGUACACCCAUCCCUUCUUCCCGUACCGUCAGCGCACCGCCUCACCAUCUCAAAACACCCAUGACGAUCUCUUGCUCAACGCCAGCAGCGCACCCAAACAUCCCUGACUUCUUGAAUACGCCUAUUGACAGAGAGGCUGCGCUUGCAGCUAUCAGAGAGAGAAGAGGUAGAGCUAAGAGCAAUGGUGCUGCGAACAUGGCUACUCCGCGACGACUAGGCAGAGAUGCUUCAGCACCACCUGGAGCCAGGGCUGUUGGAUCUAGAUCUAAGAGUCGUGGUCCUUGA